AUGAGGAACAGAUCUCUAAAUCUGCUCAGGGCGGCAGCUCAGUGUAGCCGAUUAGAACUACGGUCAAUUGGAUGUCGAGAUGCAAGAUAUGGCUCUCGGUGGUCUUCAACUUCAACAUCUGCGACUUCGGAACGCCAAUGGUCGACACCACUUGCGAAGACAUUGGCUGAAGCUAUAACAACGACAGGACCAAUUUCCGUAGCGGCGUAUAUGCGACAAUGUCUCACUCAUCCCGAAGGCGGCUAUUACACGCGGCAGACUUCGAGCGGACAGGAUCAAUUCGGCACGAAAGGAGAUUUCGUAACUUCACCCGAAAUCAGUCAAGUGUUUGGUGAGCUCGUUGGUAUAUGGCUGUACGCGGAAUGGCUUGCACAGGGGAGGAGGGAGAAGGUGCAGAUCAUAGAGGUUGGACCAGGCCGAGGCACGCUGAUGGAUGAUGUUCUAAGGACAAUAUCGAGCUUCAAGGGCUUUACUAAGAGCAUCGAAGCCAUAUAUCUCAUUGAAGCAUCACCUUACUUGCAGAAACAGCAGGCGAAAUUACUCUCCGGUACCGAAGACUUGAAGAAGAACGAUAUUGGUUUCGCUGCGCCGUGUAAAUAUAUACCGGGCUGCCAAAUUCAGUGGUGCGAAGACAUACGGCUUGUGCUGAAAGAGAACACUGCAUCACCUUUCAUACUCGCACACGAAUUUUUUGACGCCCUUCCAAUUCACGUCUUCCAAAACAUUGCAAACUCCUCUCUUCCAGCCUCCUCGACCAUCAUCACACCAACAGGUCCCAUAAAACCCAAGCACGGCGUCACCACACCUAAGAAUACCUGGCACGAACUCGUAGUAUCACCAACAUCUCCCUACAAACAACCAGAGAAGCCAGGGCAAGAGAAACUCGACUUCGAACUGACCGUCUCCAAGACGCCAACGCCGCAUUCCCUCUACCUACCAAAUCUUUCGGAUCGCUACAAAAAGCUUGAGAACACACCAGAUGCCGUCAUUGAAAUAUCCCCCGAAUCACUUGCUUACAUCGCCGACUUCGCUGUGCGGAUAGGAGGCAGCAAUGCUAAACUCAGCAGCAGCGCCGCAUCACUACCACCCUCUGUCUCUAUGAUCCCAGAGCCAUUCACAAAAUCCCAACCCUCCGGCGCGGCUCUCAUCCUCGACUACGGCCCCUCCUCCACCAUCCCCGCAAACACCCUCCGCGGUAUCCGCUCCCACACCACCGUCUCCCCCUUCGCCUUGCCGGGCCUCGUCGACCUCUCCGCCGACGUGGAUUUCCUCGCCCUAGCAGAUACAGCACUAUCCGCGUCCCCCGGCGUCGAAGUUCACGGCCCCGUCGAGCAAUCCUUUUUCUUAUCUACCAUGGGUAUCAAGGAGCGUGCGGACCGCUUACUCAGCGCUGCCAAGGAUGAGGAGACGAAGAGGAGGCUGGAAACGGGGUGGAAGCGCUUGGUUGAUCGGGGGCCGAAUGGAAUGGGCAAGACGUACAAGGCGUUGGCUAUUGUGCCGUAUAAGGAAAAAGGGCCGGUGAGACGGCCGAUCGGGUUUGGGGGCGAUCUUGUGGGAUGA